AAGGAUGACGUGCGUCACGUGAUUCGGCACUCCGGUCUCCAGUAGUUGAGGCGGCUUCAGCGCGACUCGGUCCUUUUCUGACCUUCAUCAGAUGGAGCUCUAACUUUCCGCCCUCAUCAUCACAACAUUCACUGCUGUGAUUACUUAGCUUAGAGUCCAGCACUGAGGAGAGAUACAGUGUAGAUUUAUGAAGGUGUUGCUAGUUGUGCUGCGAUGGGGCAGAAUCAGGUGCUUCUCUUCUUGUGUUUGUGGAGCCAGUUUGCAGUCGUGAUCGGAGAGUCAGUUUGUAGCAGAGCUCCACAGUUUAAGCCCAGUGUGGAUCAGACAGAGGUGUGGGGGGCCUUGGGCACCAGUGUUGAAUUGAACUGCACUGCACUGAUGGUCUACAAUAAGAGUGAGUUUGACUGCGAGGCCAAUCUACGGUGGAGAAAAGAUGGACAACCUCUGACCAACCUCAGUGCCGUCACCCAGAACACCUCCUACUGGCUUACCGCUGAUGGCCAGCAGAUUGUGAACAGUGUUCUGACGUUGAACUUGAAGAAUCAGGCAGAUUUUGGUCUCUAUUCUUGUGAAAUAUGGAACAGCACAGUCUCGUUCAGCCUUCAGAGCACCAUUUUCCCCAGUCACACAGGGGCAGUGGUGGCAUCAGUGGUCAUGCUGAUAACAUUAGUCCUGAUUGCUUUUGUCUAUUCCAAGUGCCACCUCAACUUCAAACUCUGGUAUAAAAACAAAUACGGAGACUAUGAAAUCAAUGAUGGCAAAAUGUAUGAUGCCUACAUCUCAUACGUAAACAGUGAGAAUGACCGGAAGUUUGUAAAUUUUAUCCUGAAACCUCAUCUGGAGAAUAAGUGUGGGCACAAGUUACUCCUCAACGACACAAGCAUUCUCCCUGGAGCAGAGCCAUCUGCAGAGUUGGUAAUGGACAGUAGUCGUUGUCGGCGGCUCAUCGUGGUGCUGACGCAGUCCUAUCUGGAGCAGGAGUGGUGCACCACCAACUUCAGACAGGGGUUAUUUCAUCUGCUCGAGCUCUCUCGGAAGCCCAUUUUCAUCAUCUUCCAGUCUCAGCAGAAGCAUUUGAGUCUGGACAUUAUCCAACAACUCCGAGAGCACCAGGCACGCAUCACCACUUUAGUCUGGAGAGCACACUCUAUGACCCCAUCUUCUGGGUUUUGGAAAGAGUUGGCUUUGGCCAUGCCACGGAGGGUGGUGUUCCAUGCUAAGUCAGCUGGAGACCCCCAGACUCUACUCCACGAUGAUAAGGACCCCAUGCUCACCCUGCAGCCUGACUACUUGGACUGUAGACUAGACCCAGACCCUGCUGGAGACCUUGGGUUACGGUUGCCUAUCUACAAGACACUGCCUUCCAAAGCUCCAGUACUCCCUGCAGCUCCUGAUCCAGCAGCUGAGGCCAAAGCUCCAGAGAUAGAUGUGUCUGACCUGGGCUCCAGGAGCUACGCUGCCAGAACUGAUUUUUACUGUCUGGUUACUGAGGAUGAUAUAUAAACCUCAAGCACACACUCCUGUGUUCUCCUUCACUCCACUGUGUCCAGGGCAAAAUGGAAGCCCUCAAUCUUUUCACCUUUUCUUUAUGUGAUCUGUGAAGAUGUAUGUGUUCAGAAGACUGAAUGUGACCAGAUUAGGAAAAUUUAGCUCCUUAUUUACUUAUAAAUAAUUGUUUCAUUAUUUAAGGGCUCAAGUUUAUGAAGAUUCAUCAUUCUCACAUCCAUAUCCUUUGAAUAAUCUGAAUGUGUGCCAUUUUGAAAAUGUUUCUGAGAGUCCCAAAUAAAAGCCCUUCUAAUUAUAUAUAAUAAAAGAAUGUAGUUUACAGAAUGGCUAUAUGUAUGUUACGUUUGAACACCCCCAGUCAUAUUGUAUAUUCAUACAUCAUGAUGCUGCUGUCAGAACAAAAUCUUGUAUCUCCUAAAUGCUAGCUUUAUAGAAGAAGGAAAAAAGUCAAUGGAACCAGACUUUCGGUAAUUUCGGGCCUUUUUUUUGCCCAUUCACCAUGAAAUGAACACUCUGUGUAAAGGGCAGCAAACACUUUCAAAUUAGGUCAAAAAACUGAAAAAUGCUCAGACAGUUCCGGCGGCGAUAUACGGGAAGAAACUUAAAUAUGGCAUUUUCUGCAAAGUUUAGUGCACGGUUUCUAUUUUUGCUGUGUUUAAUGUAGUGGACAAAAUAAAAUAUAAAAUGAGCUAGAGCUUUUAUUUAGACUACAUUUUCUGUUUUAUUUUUCCCCAAUAUGUUAAAUUCAGCAAAUAAAUGUCAAAUUGUAUAUUAAAAUGUGCAGAAGUGUGUUCUCUGUAGAGGAUGUGCAUUUUUUCAUUUUAAAUCAACAAAACAAGUGAUUUGACCAGGGGUGCCCAAAUAUUUGCAUAUGAUUAUAUAGCCCUGGAACAUCAUGUAGUACAUCGCAGUACUACCUCCAACAAAGCAAUAUUUUGUUAACUUUUUGAUACCUACAGCACAUAAAUAUACUGUCUGAAAGCACUGAAGUGCACUAUGUUUAGACAACACCUUAUUCUUGGUUACUGAUGUGUAAAAUAUAUGUAUAUAUUU